AUGUUCAGCGCUAUCUGGUCACAGUAUUUUCCUCCGAAGCCCGGGUUCACCGAGAAGGAUAUCCCACCGGGCAGCCAGUUCGGCAAGGUUUUCAUUGUCACCGGCGCCAACCAGGGCAUUGGCUUGGAGUUAGUCAAAAUGCUCUAUCCGACGGGUGCGACCAUCUAUCUAGCAGGCCGCUCGCAGGAGCGCAUUGAGAAGGCUAUUCAGCAAGUUAUCGACUCUCAUAAGCCUGAGCCUGUCGUGCCGGCAAUUCUUAAGCACCUCCACCUUGACCUCAGCGAUUUAACCACCAUUAAGACCUCAGUAGCUGCUUUCACUGCGCAGGAGAAGAAGCUGGACAUUCUAUGGAACAAUGCGGGCAUUGGAUGUAAUCCGGAAGGAACUACCACGAGGCAAUCUAUCGAGGGCCACGUUGGUAUCAAUUGCAUCGCACCCCUCUUGUUCACCCAAGAGUUACUUCCUCAGCUGCAUGAGGCUGCUAAGAACGCUCCAGCAGGCAGUGUGCGCGUCAUCUGGACUGGCUCCCUGAUGAUCGAGACGCACUCUCCAAUGGGCGGGAUUCAGUACGAGUUCGUAGAAAAGGGAAAAACUACAAAUCCAGCACGUGACUACGCCACUUCCAAAGUGGGCAAUUGGUAUCUGGCAGUCGAAGCUGCUCAGCGAUGGGAAACGUACGGCAUCGUCAGUGUCGUUCAGAACCCCGGAAACCUGCUUACGAACAUCUACUCACACCAGCCAACGUGGCUCAUGGCCAUUCUAAAGCUAGUGUUGUAUAAUCCAAAAUUCGGCGCUCACACACUUCUCUACUCCGGCUUUACCCCAGACGUCGGCAUUGCGAAGAACAAUGGAGCGUAUAUCAGGCCGUUCGGACACAUAGCUUCAAAUGGACGACGGGACAUCUACAUGGGGAUAGCUGCGGGUGAAGCAACCAAGUUCUGGGAAUGGUGUGAGAAAAUGUAUCAGCCACAUAUCUGA